AUGGCAAAUAACAUAAGCUUAACGGGAAUUAAAUCUAAGAGGAAAGCAGAACUCGUCGAUCUCGGUACAAAGCUAGGCGUUGAAACCGAUCAACUCAACAGAGAUAAACUUAUUGAGAAUAUAAGGGAUCAUCUACGUAAGAAUGAGCACUCCCUCAAGGACGAUCCACUUUUCGCUCCUUACUUUACAGAUACGCGUAGGAAAUCAAGGAAAUCUGUCGCCGUGAAUGAAGAAGUCGAUGAUGAUGGAAGUGAGCUCAGCUCAUCGGGAUCUCCUGAUGCCCGUGUCCAUGUCCAGCCACGUGCCACUUCCGUCCCAGUUCAGGCGAGAGAAAGUUCAGUGGACAUCCCCCACGCGUCACCAAGCUCUACCUCAUUCAGCUCUGUCAAGAGAGCUAGCAUCGCCAAGGCUGACACCAUACAAGAAGCUGCGCAUGACUCCAUCGAAGCUGUCAAGGAGCACACCAUAGACGCUGCUCAUGAAAUAGAAUCAGAGGCUCAAGAUAUGGUCAAUUCAUUCAGCCAAUACGCCGUAAAGCUGCGCAAGUGCACUAUAAAUACUAUAAAUUCAGUCCAAAGGUGGACAUCUGACAGUCAGCACCUCUUGUUGGCUGGAUUACUCUUAGAACUCUUCGUGGUUCUCUAUUCCGUCACACCAAUCCGCAUCCAUCGCAUCGACGUCCCAGAGCCUGUUCAAAAGUACACCACUAACUACAUCAGAGUAAAGCUACCAUAUGCAAAGUCACUGCUUACGCCACCCUUUGUCAAUCCCGUCAAGAAGUUUCUCAUUUACUCUUUAAUCGUUCCUUUCAUUCCAUCAGUCUUAAUAAACUUCGACAAGAGUGUGUUCUCUCCAUUGACAUUCACUCUUGUCAGACUCGCUCUGAUCGUCUCGUUCAAUAGCCAGGCAGCCGUGGAAAGCUAUAUGCCUCUUAAAGUGGAGCUGACACUUCUUGCACUCUUAUCGUCAUUCAGUCUAGUUGAGCUUUUGUCAAAGCCACGCAAGUGA